GAUAAGCUGCAGGCCCUGAACGACGAGUUCGCGACGAACAUCCGGAGGAAGAAGGAGCUGGAGGACGAGCUCUUCCUCUGCUCCCAGAAGCUGGACAGGGCCGAGAAGCUGAUCGAGGGCCUGGGCGGGGAGAAGGAGCGCUGGAGCCGGGCUGCCCACGCCCUGGGGGAGAAAUACGAUAACAUCAUGGGGGACGUCCUCAUGGCUGCUGCCGUCGUCGCCUACUUGGGUCCUUUCACUGCCGAUUUCAGGCAAUCCUGUCUCGAGGAAUGGGUGCGAAGGUGCGAGCAGGUGGGCGUGGCGUGCUCGAAUCCCUUCCAUUUAAGUUCGACACUGGGGGAUGCGGUGAAGACUAGGGCAUGGCAUCUGGCCGGGCUUCCGGUCGAUGUCUUCUCGGUCGACAAUGCCAUCAUCGUGACCCACGCCAGGCGGUGGCCGCUCAUGAUCGACCCUCAGGGCCAAGCGAACAAAUGGAUCCGAAACCUGGAGAAGGACAACGGGCUGUCGGUGAUCAAGCUCACGGACCCCAACUAUCUGAGGAUCCUGGAGAAUGCCCUCCAGUUUGGCAGACCCAUCCUUCUCGAAAACAUCGGCGAGGAGUUGGAUCCCAUCCUGGAGACCGUCCUCAUUCGGCAGACCUUCAAGUCUGCA